AGGAUCGAGAAUCUGACCUGUGUCUGCUCACUGUGAGCAUUCGUCUCCUCCCGUAGCUAGUUAGCUCCAUUCUUUCAAAAACGCUAUCUUUUCUUCCUCCUCAUUCUCCUUCUCUCUCACUCUUGCUGGAGGGCACUAUAAGAGAAAGAAGAGGAAGCAAAAAGUGUGAAACCCUGUGAAAAUCAAAUCACAAAGAUUCUGCAAGCCAUAAAUCCAUUUCUUUGGUGCUAAAACUCAUCCUGCUGUCUCUCACUCUGCUUUUUGUCUGCAUAAUCAUUCUGGGUUUCGCGAGUAGCAGCAAACAAAACCCUAAAGCCCUUAAACCAUUUACAUUCUCUUCCAUUACUUAUCCAAAGCUAAAGAAGUCUUUACUCUUCCUAAAAACCUGAAGUUCUAGGUCCUCUUGAAGAUGCAAAGCUCGAAAACCAUCGUCCUCCUUUUGAUUUUCGUCAAUGUAGUAGCUUUUGUUACUUCCAAAUCCACUAUCGAACCCUGCUCCAACAACGACUCAUGCAAUGCUCUUCUUGGCUACACACUCUACACAGACCUCAAAGUCUCAGAAGUAGCUUCCCUCUUCCAAAUUGAUCCCAUAGCUUUCCUCACAGCUAAUUCCAUUGACAUCUCUUACCCAGAUAUAGAAAACCAUAUCCUUCCUUCGCAGCUUUUCGUAAAGAUCCCAAUAGUAUGCUCCUGCGCUGAUGGAAUCCGCAAAUCCGUUUCCACCCACUACAAGACGCGGCCUUCAGACACUUUGUCUUCCAUUGCGGAUUCGAUUUAUUCGGGUUUGGUGUCCGCGGACCAGAUAAGGGAGGCUAAUUCGAUACAGGAUCCUUCAGUACUGGAUGUGGGGCAGAGCCUUGUAGUGCCAUUGCCAUGUACUUGUUUUAAUGGGACUGAUAAUUCCUUGCCGGCAAUUUAUUUGUCUUAUGUGGUGAAGGUGGUGGAUACUUUGGCCGGGAUUGCUUCCAGAUAUUCCACUACCAUUACUGAUUUGAUGAAUGUUAAUGCUAUGGGAAAUCCGGCCAUCAAGGCUGGUGAUAUACUUGCUGUGCCAUUGCCAGCCUGUGCUUCUAAGUUUCCAAGAUAUGCCUUUGAUCAUGGCCUGAUUGUGCCAAAUGGGAGCUAUGCUAUUUCUGCAAGUCACUGUGUGCAAUGCAGCUGUGGGCCAGGAAAUCUUGACUUGUACUGCAUGCCUGCUUCCUUGGCGGUUUCUUGUUCAAGCAUGCAGUGUAAAAAUAGCAAUCUCAUGCUUGGGAAUGUCACGUGGAAACAGAGUAGUGCUGGGUGUAAUGUCACUUCUUGUAGUUAUGGUGGAUACGUCAAUGGCAGCAUCAUGACCACGUUGUCGACAUCUCUUCAGCCUCGAUGUCCAGGGCCACAGCAAUUUCCUACCCUGCUAGCCCCACCUACUUCAGUGACUAGGGAUGCAGUGUUUGGUCCAGCUCCAGCACCUGCGCCUGCGCCUCAUUCAGAUGGUUCUGGUACAACAACGCCCAGGAGUACAGUAGUAUCGACAACUGGGACACUUCCUGGAUUACCCCCUGUAGGCGGUCCUAUUGGAGGUGCAUCUGAUGCUUGCUCCUUGGUGAAUCCAUUAGCCACGUCCCUGAUUGCAAUGAUGUUAUACAAGUUUGCCAACUUCAUGAUCUCCCUUUCAUUGUAAUUCUUCCAUGAAUUGCCAGUCUAGAUAGAUGGUGGGAUUUUGGUCGGCUUGAUCUCUUUAUUUUUGACUGGCCCACUUACCUGCUGUAUGUAACCUUCUUAAUUUAUUUUGACCUGCGAACUGGUUUGUGGAUGCGAGAAUUAGAGGGUAUCGUUGUGCCUAGCUAAUAUUUUGUUGUGAUUCCUUGCUUGCUGUAGUAUGUACUUUGAGGCAAGGGCAGUUCUACUUUUGGUGAUUCA